GCAAGCUCGAUGUGCAUUGCUGUUCCAGAAGAAAGCGCGCAUUGAUCUGCUGUGCAGUUUUUCAGGGGGUAAAUGCAAUCACGUGUUCCAUAGGCGUCCAAUCCCAGCUGGGGAAGCUUUCUGAAAUAAUUACCUGUCUUGAUUGUUCUACGGUCAGAUAAAAAAGUACACAUACACUCCAUAUAAUAAUCGGAUGCAUGUAAAAGAGAAGAGAAACAUCGCCAUGUCGGCUACGGGUCCCAUAAGUAAUUAUUAUGUGGAUUCCUUGAUCAACCAUGAGAGCGAGGAUGUUCUGGCGAGUCGUUUCGCAGCCACUGGUCCGAUAUCCUCCAGCUCACGCCCGACGCCCCUGGUACCGGAAUGCGCGGAUUACCCGUCCUGCAGCUUUGCCCCGAAACCACCAGUCUUUACUACCUCGUGGGCCCCUGUUCACUCCCAAUCGUCAGUGGUUUACCAUCCAUACACUCACCAACCUCACCUAGGCACAGACUCAAGGUACGUUCGCUCUUGGCUGGAGCCUAUCCCCGGUACCGUGUCUUUUCCAGGAUACGCAGGGAACAGCAGGCACUACGGGUUGAAGCCCGACACCUUCCAGGAUCCCCGUACUGGAGACUGUUUGGGCUCGAACGGACGCCCUUACACGGAUUAUCUCUACUGCUCCGCCGUCGACAUUCGAGAAAAGCAGCAGAACACACCAUCGCCUGAGAAGGAGAGUCUGUCUUCCGGGAAGCACAAAGACGACAAGCCUGAAUUAGACCCAAAUAAUCCUGUGGCAAACUGGAUCCAUGCGCGCUCAACUCGAAAGAAGCGUUGUCCAUAUACCAAGUAUCAAACACUCGAACUCGAAAAGGAAUUUUUAUUCAAUAUGUACCUCACAAGAGACCGGCGAUUUGAGGUAGCAAGGGUGCUGAACCUGACGGAGCGACAAGUCAAAAUCUGGUUCCAGAACCGACGGAUGAAGAUGAAGAAAAUGAACAAAGAAAAAAACAACAGUAAAGAACAAUAGACCAAAAGUCAUUCAUCGGAUACAGACUGAAGGAAAAUCGUCAUUUAGUAGCCUAUCGUUAUGAGUCUUAACAAAUGCACCUUCGGCCCAUAACAGGAACAGAGAAAACGAAAAGGCUAUCCUAAAUGGAUGUCCUUUAAAACGGGAUGAUAUAAGUAUGAUUUAAUGUAAGUGUAAUUUUACCAUCCUGACUUAAGUCAUAUUAAUAUUAUUCGUAGUCUGGAUUUACAUAACAUUUCUUUACUCACACACACAAAAGAGGAUUCUGCAGACAAGCUGCCCCGAAGUUUCAGAGAGAAAAUACUUGAA